GGUUUGGCUCUGGCACUGGCUGCCCGUGCUAUGGCUGCCCCCGCCCCUCUGGGCGACGUAACAGCGUCUCGCGACGCCGCCACGAACGCCAUGGCUUCGGAGACGACGGAGGCCGCAGCGGCCGCGGUGCUCAAACCACAACCGUCUACUGAGGACGCGGUGCGCGCCGCCGCGGCCGCGCCGGCGCCGAGCCUGCCGGCCGCCGCGCCGCCCGAGGCGACGCCGGACUGGUGGCCGCCCGUAGAUCAUGCGGCGCCCGCGCCGGCACCCGCGGUACCGGACCCGUUCACGACGGUCUGUAUGCAGCCGGCCUUCGACGCGGACGGCGUCGAGUGCGACACGGCGGCAUGUGAGGAUCUGGACAUCACUGCCACAUUGCUGGGACCGUGGAAUGGGCGCCUGCCGACGAAAGAGGACGGCGUCCACCAAUUCGGCUGUUCGUACGAUGGGGCUUUAUUAGAUGCCUGGGUCAAGCAGCCGUCGCCGUGCUGCGCCGCUGCUGCCGUGGCGGGCGCGAUCAAUGGCUUGAGCGGGCUGCAUCGGCACGACGACAACGCGUUGGGCCCGCUCGACGUGCUCGCGGCGAUGCGCGGCGUGCUGAGGGAUUUGGUGGAAUCCAAGAUUGCGUCCUUCGAACGGAAGCUCGGGGCCGAUUUAGCACCGGUGCUCGACGCGGUCGCUAGUCGUGUAUCAAGCGACGGGCGGAAGUUCGGCAUUUCACUAAAAAAAGACAAGGAGACGGGUGUGGACGGCAAGUACCUCCUCGCUUGUGUUCGAUUGGAGGUCGAGGCGCGUGCCGAGGCGUGUCGGAGGGCAGUUCAGAGACAGCGGGCUCUGGAGCUCGGUGAAGAAGUAAGCGAGGAGGAGGAAGAAGCACCUGCAUUAGCCUUCUGUAGGUUAUGGGAGCUGUACGAAGAAUUGAACGAGAAGAAGCGCAAGCUGGCCGAAGAAGCCGGUGAAGAUGAUGAGUCCUCCGACGAGUCUGACGAAGACGAGGAGCCCGACGAGGAUCUCCCAAAGAAGACGAAGCCCGCGCGGCCGAGGCAACGCAUCGCGGCGGCGCGCAAGGCGGCCAAGCCCUGGAACUGGAAGAAUGAAUUGGGCGAGAUCCUGCGCAAGGCCGACGGCGUCGCCAAGACCUGCGCGUCCAGGCCGUCGACGGCCCCCUUUGGAAAUUGGGGCCUCAUCAAGGGCGCCCAGCGGUUGCGGGAGGAUGCGCGACGCGCCGCGCGGGAGGCUGAGGUUCAGGCGCUAAUCGAGGAUGCUGACGACGCGACGGCGCCCGUCUCCUCGAACGAAGACGAGCGGCAGCUGCCCACGCGGACUUCUCUAGGAUUCCUCGGCCUUCCCCAAGACACGUUGUUCGGCUGCCCGAAGGCGCCACCCACCCAUGUCGUCAUCAGUUUACUCGCGGGCGGCGGCCGGGCGAAGAUCCCCAUCCCCCUCAAAAGAGAUGAUAGUGACGAGGUUAUCGAGAGGCAGUGGGGCAAGCUCUCGGCGGCCUUCAACCGGCCCGACGCUUCAUUGAUCUUCCACCUCAAGAACCACUACGCGCUCAUCUACGCGCUGCGCGAGUGGACGUCUGAUGGAAAGCGCGUCCGCCAGCUGCUCUGCGCGCGGAAAGGGCAACGCCCCUCGGCGUGGGUCGACUGGUUGGAAGCGCGGGAGACGAUCUUGGGAUGGGCGGGGUACAAGCUCAUGGUCGCGGAGCGGUGUUCGCUUUUCUCGUAGGCCUUGGCGUGUAAGUUGCAUGACUCCA